AUGAAUUGCUGCGAUAACUCCGGUGCCCGAAAUCUUUACAUCAUUUCCGUCAAGGCUUGGGGUGCACGUCUCAACCGUCUUCCAGCUGCCGGUGUUGGUGACAUGGUCAUGGCCACCGUCAAGAAGGGAAAGCCGGAAUUGAGAAAGAAGGUCAUGCCCGCGGUUGUUGUCAGACAGAGCAAGCCCUGGAGACGUCCCGACGGUAUCUACCUUUACUUCGAGGAUAACGCUGGUGUGAUUGUCAACGCCAAGGGUGAGAUGAAGGGUUCAGCUAUCACGGGUCCUGUUGGAAAGGAAGCUGCAGAGCUGUGGCCGGUAAGCAGCAACUCUCUGUUGAAUUCAUGGUUUGCGGGAUUCUAUCUAACUCGCCCUUCCUCUAGCGUAUCGCAAGUAACUCCGGUGUGGUGA